UAAUCUAAAUGGGCCAUUUGGGCCCAAUAGCUACAGAACCAUGAUCUUCAACCUAAACCCUAAAGCCCCUUCUUCUCUCUUUCUGCGACUCUAUCAGUGAAUCGAUUCCAACAAGCAUCGAAGCUCGGGAAUUGAAUUGAAUUUCUUUACCUAGUGGUGAGGUUGCAGAUUGGAAGAAGAUGAAAAAGGGUGUUCAUCCACAGAAGCAAUGGAUAUCCUACGUUACACAAACAGGUAGGUUGAUGCAUGUGAUGAUGACAAAGAUACACCCUGUUGGAAAAGUCUACCACUUCCGGGCUAAGCGUCAAAUGGCCGAGAGUUUAGGACAGAUUGCUAAGUUCAGACGCCGCUUUGGUCUAGAAAAUCAAGCGGCCAAUGAAAAAUAACAAUUUCAGUGGGCAGAAGGAACUUUGGCUUUUCAUUUUGGAAGAGAAUAACAGGUAUAUUGGUGGUAUACUCUCAAUCAGGUUCUUUUGUAGCAUUCAACAUGUCUAGUUAAUCUGCAGAAAUGUUUCAUAUCAUGUGAUGUCUUUAGCAGUUGAUAUUUGCUUGUGGGUUUAUUAAUGCAAAUUCAAACUAGAGAUCUUUGUCGACUCUUUUGCAUAUUACGAGGAAAUUUAUUGCUGGGCACUAGGUUAGCCUGAUGCUUAUGUUGAAGGGUGAAAUUGCUAGUUUGAAUUGAACAACGGUAUCUAGUGAUUGUUUAGUUUCUUAGUAUAAAUCUUGUCUGAAACAACCAUCUGCAAUAUGCCUAUUUUAAUUUGUUCUUU